GAUGCAAGUUGGUUGUCUGCAUCCCACACAGCCGCGUGGCCUGCGUGAUCCUCCUCCUGACACCAUCACUCUCACUCUCAGAGCAGGCCCCCGCCAUGAGCAGCAGCAGAGCCGCGCUGCUCCGUAGACUAAUAGCCCAUCGCCGCCGCAGCAUCGUCAGCGUCAGCGACGGCAUCGGGUCAGUCCAGCGCCAGCUGAUCCGCCACCAUUAUUCUAAUCCCCACCAUGGUUAUUCUAAUCCCAUCCCCGAUCUCGCCGGGGCGCGCGCGUUUACUUCUUUAUCCACGCCAUGGCCAUGCCGCCCGCCCGCGCCGUUCGCCUCCCUGUCACCGUCGUCCUUCUUCUCCAGCCUGCUUGGAAGGGGUGCGGAGGCGGAGGUGCUGGACAUGGACGCCGGCACGGUGCGGUGCGCGGCCAACUACGCGCCGCUCACGCCGCUCAGCUUCAUCGAGCGCGCCGCGGCGGUGUACGGCGACCGCGCCGCGGUGGUGUACGGGGAGGCCCGGCGGCGCACGUGGAGGGAGGUGCGGGAGCGCUGCGUCCGCGUGGCCGCCGCGCUCGCCGCACGUUUCGGCGUCGCCCGCGGUGACGUGGUGGCUGUGCUCAGCCCGAACGUGCCGGCGAUGUACGAGCUACACUUCGCCGUGCCCAUGGCCGGCGCCGUCCUCUGCACGUUCAACACGCGCCACGACGCGCCCAUGGUGUCCGCCCUGCUCAAGCACUCCGGCGCCAAGGUGUUCCUCGUCGAGUCCAGCCUCCUCGACGUCGGGAGAGCCGCCCUCAAGCGCCUCGCCGACUCAGAGCCCGGCGCCGCCAGCAUUCCGGUCCUCGUAACCAUCUCGGACGACGCCGGCCAAGACUCCGGCCGGGCGGCGGACUACGACUACGAGGGUCUCAUAAAGAGCGCUCCGUCUGAGUUUGACAUCCGGUGGCCCGCGGACGAGCUGGACCCGAUCACGCUCAACUACACGUCCGGCACGACGUCGCGGCCCAAGGGCGUGGUGUACAACCACCGCGGCGCCUACCUCAACACCAUCGGCACCGUCCUCGCCUACGACAUCACCCCGAUGCCGACCUACCUGUGGACGGUGCCCAUGUUCCACUGCAACGGCUGGCACCUGCCGUGGGGCGUGGCCAUGCAGGGCGGCACCAACGUCUGCCUCCGCCACUUCACCGCCGCCCUCAUCUUCGACAGCAUCGCGCGCCACGGGGUGACGCACAUGGGCGGCGCGCCCACGGUGCUCAACAUGAUCGUCAACGCGCCGGCCGCGGACCGGAGGCCGCUGCCGGGGACCGUGCGCGUCAUGACGGGCGGCGCGCCGCCGCCGCCCCGGGUCCUGGCCGAGAUGGAGGAGCUCGGCUUCGCGGUGUACCACAUCUACGGCCUCACGGAGACGUACGGCCCGGCCACCGUGUGCGCGUGGAUGCCGGAGUGGGACGCGCUGCCGGCCGAGGAGCGCGCGCGGCUCAAGGCGCGGCAGGGGUUCCAGCACGUCGCGAUGGAGGAAGUCGACGUCAAGGACCCGACGACCCUGGAGAGCGUGCCGCGCGACGGCGAGGCGGUGGGCGAGGUGAUGUUCCGCGGCAACACCGUCAUGAGCGGAUACUACAAGGACAUCACCGCCACCAAGGAGUCCAUGGCCGGCGGGUGGCUGCACACGGGGGACCUCGCCGUGCGGCACCGGGACGGGUACAUCCAGCUCAAGGACCGGGCCAAGGACAUCAUCAUAUCAGGCGGCGAGAACAUCAGCUCCAUCGAGGUGGAGUCGGUGAUCUUCAGCCACCCGGCGGUGCUGGAGGCAGCGGUCGUGGCGAGGCCCGACGACCACUGGGGGGAGACGCCAUGCGCUUUCGUCAAGCUGAAGGACGGUACUAUUGCCACGGAGGCAGAGAUCAUCGGCUUCUGCCGGGAGAGGCUGCCGCACUUCAUGGCGCCCAAGACGGUGGUGUUUGAGGAUCUGCCCAAGACUUCGACGGGGAAGACGCAGAAGUUUGUUCUCCGGGAGAAGGCCCGGGCAAUGGGCAGCCUUACCAAGAUAGGAAACAGCAGCAAACUGUAAUAUUUGUUUGAAAAUGAUGUGACAUGUCGAUUAGAAUUGAAGCCAUUCAGUUGUUAACUAGCACCCCGUUUUAGUAAGACCAUGUCGACUAAAACCCAAGUCAUUCUACUUGAUCGAGUUGAA